AUGCUUCCAGCAAAAAAUAACAAGAUUGACCUAAACAAAUUAUCGGAAGAAGAAAGGAAACUUUUCCGAAUGUAUGGAAAAUUGCCAGCUGGAAAAGAUAUAUUAAGUCACAAAUUGAAGGAACGUAAAUAUUUUGAUUCUGGUGAUUAUGCACUUUCAAAAGCUGGCAAAACAUCAGGUCCAGUUGGAGUUCAGCAUCCGUCACCCGAAACUAUUCCUCAUGCAAAUGCGAUCGCAGCAACUAGUCAUAAUUCAUCACCUGUAAAAGAAAGUUCCUUGGUACAUGAAGCAGAAAUUGAAGAAAAAAGUGGUGAUCCUGAACUAAAUUCAAACACUAAAUUGUCUCAAAAUACAUCUCCACAACUUUCUACUACUACAACAACCACCACCACCGCCGAUAGUUCGUGA